GCGACCGCACGGUCGACGCCGGCCGAGACAGCACAGACAGACGGGUUGAUUGGGGUGUUUCGCGAGUGUGAGAGGUCGGUAACUGCGCUGCGCUCCUGUGCUGCGGCCUGUGGCUGAACUGCCUGCGACGCCCUGCCUGCUGCUGCCCGACUGGCUGGCAAGAUGAAGCUCUUCCUGGUGGCCGCGAUGCUGCUGCUGCUUGGCGCGGCGCGGGCCGAGGAGGAGGACAAGAAGGAGGACGUGGGCACGGUGGUAGGCAUCGACCUGGGGACCACCUACUCCUGCGUUGGCGUAUUCAAGAACGGCCGCGUGGAGAUCAUCGCUAACGAUCAGGGCAACCGCAUCACGCCGUCCUAUGUGGCCUUCACUCCUGAAGGGGAACGUCUGAUCGGCGAUGCCGCGAAGAACCAGCUUACCUCCAACCCCGAGAACACGGUCUUUGACGCCAAGCGGCUCAUCGGCCGCACGUGGAACGACCCGUCUGUGCAACAGGACAUCAAAUUCUUGCCAUUCAAGGUGGUUGAAAAGAAAACUAAACCAUACAUUCAAGUCGAUAUUGGAGGUGGGCAAACAAAGACAUUUGCUCCGGAAGAAAUUUCUGCCAUGGUUCUCACUAAAAUGAAAGAAACCGCUGAGGCUUAUUUGGGAAAGAAGGUUACCCAUGCAGUUGUUACCGUACCAGCCUAUUUCAAUGAUGCCCAACGCCAAGCAACCAAAGAUGCUGGAACUAUUGCCGGGCUAAAUGUUAUGAGGAUCAUCAAUGAGCCUACGGCAGCUGCUAUUGCUUAUGGCCUGGAUAAGAGGGAAGGGGAGAAGAACAUCCUGGUGUUUGAUCUGGGUGGCGGAACCUUCGAUGUGUCUCUUCUCACCAUUGACAAUGGUGUCUUUGAAGUCGUGGCCACUAAUGGAGAUACUCAUCUGGGUGGAGAAGACUUUGACCAGCGUGUCAUGGAACACUUCAUCAAGCUGUACAAAAAGAAGACUGGCAAAGACGUCAGGAAAGACAACAGAGCCGUGCAGAAACUCCGGCGUGAGGUAGAAAAGGCCAAACGGGCCCUGUCUUCUCAACAUCAAGCAAGAAUUGAAAUUGAGUCCUUCUAUGAAGGAGAAGACUUCUCCGAGACCCUGACUCGGGCCAAAUUUGAAGAGCUAAACAUGGAUCUGUUCCGGUCUACUAUGAAGCCUGUCCAGAAAGUGUUGGAAGAUUCUGAUUUGAAGAAGUCUGAUAUUGAUGAAAUUGUUCUUGUUGGUGGCUCUACUCGAAUUCCAAAGAUUCAGCAACUGGUUAAAGAGUUCUUCAAUGGCAAGGAACCAUCCCGUGGCAUAAACCCAGAUGAGGCUGUAGCAUAUGGUGCUGCUGUCCAGGCUGGUGUGCUCUCUGGUGAUCAAGAUACAGGUGACCUGGUACUGCUUGAUGUAUGUCCCCUUACUCUUGGUAUUGAAACUGUGGGAGGUGUCAUGACCAAACUGAUUCCAAGGAACACAGUGGUGCCCACCAAGAAGUCUCAGAUCUUUUCUACAGCUUCUGAUAAUCAACCAACUGUUACAAUCAAGGUCUAUGAAGGUGAAAGACCCCUGACAAAAGACAAUCAUCUUCUGGGUACAUUUGAUCUGACUGGAAUUCCUCCUGCUCCUCGUGGGGUCCCACAGAUUGAAGUCACCUUUGAGAUAGAUGUGAAUGGUAUUCUUCGAGUGACAGCUGAAGACAAGGGUACAGGGAACAAAAAUAAGAUCACGAUUACCAAUGACCAGAAUCGCCUGACACCUGAAGAAAUUGAAAGGAUGGUUAAUGAUGCUGAGAAGUUUGCUGAGGAAGAUAAAAAGCUCAAGGAGCGUAUUGAUACUCGAAAUGAGUUGGAAAGUUAUGCCUAUUCUCUAAAGAAUCAAAUUGGAGAUAAAGAAAAGCUGGGAGGUAAACUAUCCUCUGAAGAUAAGGAGACCAUGGAAAAAGCUGUAGAAGAAAAGAUCGAAUGGCUGGAAAGCCACCAAGAUGCUGACAUUGAAGACUUCAAAGCUAAGAAGAAGGAACUGGAAGAAAUUGUUCAGCCAAUUAUCAGCAAACUCUAUGGCAGUGCAGGCCCUCCGCCAACUGGUGAAGAUGAUACAGCAGAAAAGGAUGAGUUGUAGACACUGAUCUGCUAGUGCUGUAAUAUUGUAAAUACUGGACUCAGGAACUUUCGCUAGGAAAACAUUGAGAGAACUUAAGUCUCGAAUGUAAUUGGAAUCUUCACCUCAGAGUGGAGUUGAAAAUGCUAUAGCCCAAGUGGCUGUUUACUGCUUUUCAUUAGCAGUUGCUCACCUGUCUGGGUGGGGGGGAGAAGAAUUGGCCAUCUUAAAAAGUGGGUAAAAAAACCUGGGUUAGGGUGUGUGUUCACCUUCAAAAUGUUCUAUUUAACAAUUGGGUCAUGUGCAUCUGGUGUAGGAAGUUUUUUCUACCGUAAGUGACACCAAUAAAUGUUUGUUAUUUACACUGGU